CGUUGAAUAAAUUCUAUCCUUGGAUGAUUGGUACAUUGUAGACUCUCACACCACGCUAUGAUCCCCGCACGAGCUCUCCCUCUGGGGAAAUCCAUAAAGUCGGGGUCUCACUCGCAACGACUUUUCUCAACUUCGCUGCGACGAGAUGCUACAUGGGGCUUUAUUGGACUUGGUCGAAUGGGUUACCCCAUGGCAAAGAAUUUACGCGCAAAAAUCCCUGCAUCAGAUACCCUGAUCGUGCACGAUGUCAAUGAACAAGCUAUGCGCCAAUUUGUCGACGAAGCCAAAACCGCCAGCACUGGCCCUGUUGAAUUCACUGAUAGUGCCAGAACAGUAGCCGAGAAAUCAUUAAAUAUCAUCACCAGUCUUCCUCAACCGGUUCAUGUGAGACAUGUUUUCCACUCCAUCCUCAAGCCUGGUCCACUACCACAGCUUGAACAAGAACGCCUUUUCAUCGACACCUCCACCAUAGACCCCGUCACUUCCAAGGAAGUCGCCUAUGCCGUCCAAGCCCCCAAUCAAGGCCGAUUUGUCGACGCGCCCAUGUCCGGCGGUGUCGUAGCCGCCGAAGCAGGAACGUUAUCAUUCAUGUUUGGCGCUUCGUCCAAGACCGGCGCAUUAGUAGACCGCGUCAGGGAGAUUCUGGCGCUGAUGGGCAAGAAAGCCUGGCACCUUGGAGAGCAAGGAACGGGAGUAAGCGGCAAACUGGCCAAUAACUACAUUCUGGCCAUCAACAAUAUUGCCGUCGCUGAAGCAAUGAAUCUCGGUAUCCGCUGGGGCCUGGACCCUAAGACCCUGGCUGAUAUGAUCAAUGCUUCAACUGGUCGCUGUUGGCCAAGUGAAGUCAACAACCCCGUCCCUGGUGUCAUCGAGAAGUCCCCCGCUAGCCGCGAUUAUGAAGGCGGAUUUGGUAUAGGAUUGAUGCGCAAGGAUUUGAAACUUGCUAUUGAUGCCGCUCAAGAGAGCGGUGCACCGUUGGAAUUGGCUGCCACCGCCCGCGGUCUGUAUGAGGCUGUUGAGGAUAUAUACCCUGGCAAGGACUUUUCCAUCGUUUAUAAGUACCUCAGCGAUAUUUCUCGUCGGUAAUCUCAAAUACCCUUCGUUUCCAAAUUUGUUUCUUUUUCAUCAGGCAUUUAGUGCAUGCAUUGGGCGACGGAUCGGAACCGGCGUUUGCACAUUUCUCAUCUAUGUCGAAUCUUUUGUGAUUUAUAGUUUCAAUUCCAGUUUCAUUUCUCUUCAA